CUUUUGGAUAAGUCGUAUGUAACCGCCAAACGCAAACGCCAAAAGCUCUUUUAGAUAAUAAUAAAAACAUAGCACGUUUGCUCGGUGGUGGUUUUGAGUUUUGACGGAUCACCACCGUCGAUAGGGAUGAAUAUGCCGACGGGAUGCGGGUUUCCGACGAUUCAAACCUUCGAGAGAGCUCCCUCCGCCGCAGACUUCGAGUCCGGCGUCGAGCUCACGAACUUCCCUGCGGUUUUCCGAGGGUGUGCUAGUGACUGGGAGGCCUGUUCUAAGUGGAAUCCAUUCAGCAAUGGCCUCGAUUACCUCGAGGAGCGUGCAGGUUCAGUUGAGGUGGAGGCAAUGCUUUCGAGGACGGCUCCGAUAUUCAAUGGUGAUAUCAGAAGCCAUGAGAGGGUAUCAAUGCCUUUCUCUGAUUUUGUUAGACUCUGCAAGCAGCAUAUGAUAAGCAAAGAGAAUACUGUGGGUGUUGAUGCAAAGUCUUCUUGUCUAAAUCCCCCUUUGCCUCACGAUCCUACUACACCUGGACAAAUAUACCUAGCACAGUUUCCAAUUCUGAAUGAUGGGAAAGAAGAGAAGGUUCAACUCAAGAUUCUAAGACAAGAUAUUCAAACGCCCACACUCUUGGGGGGAAAGUCACUGUCUUCUAUAAACUUUUGGAUGAACUCUGCACAGGCUCGAUCCAGUACCCACUAUGAUCCACAUCAUAACCUCUUAUGCGUAGUAUCAGGCUGUAAAAAAGUUGUCUUGUGGCCCCCUUCCGCCAGUCCCUCGCUCUAUCCUAUGCCUAUAUACGGAGAAGCGUCAAACCACAGUUCGGUUGGUCUAGACAAUCCAAAUUUAUCAGAUUAUCCAAGAGCAGAGCAUUCCCUCAAGCAGUCACAGGAAGUUACUCUUAAGGCUGGUGAUGCAGUAUUCAUUCCCGAAGGUUGGUUUCAUCAGGUGGAUAGCAAUGAGCUGACUAUUGCUGUCAACUUUUGGUGGCAAUCAAACAUUAUGUCUAACAUGCCGGAACAUAUGGAUUCAUAUUAUCUUCGCCGGAUUACAAGAAGAUUGAUAGACAAAGAAAUGAGCCUGUUAGUUUCGAGGCCUUCUUCAACUGAUUUGAAGCAACCGUAUGAUCAUCUUGACCAAUGUAAAAUUGGUCAAUCAGAAGGUGGGGAUGAUAACUCAAGAAAUAAAAGCAUUGAAAAAGGCAUCGGGACAUCACGUGAGAAAACGCCGCUGCACGAUCUAGAUCCUUCUGCUUCCCACGCACUUCAUGACCUUAUUUCCUUAGUCCAUGACCACGUUAAUGCUGUUGGUACAAGUAGGGAACUGCAGCACACAUCACCCAGUUCUUCAGACAUAGCUUCAGAGAGGGACAAUAGCAAGAUCCUGGUGAAUGCAUUGUCUUCUCUAGAAGAUGAUCGUAUUGCGCAUAUGCUUUGGAAUCUAGAAGCAUCUAGACUUCGUGAUGUUCUCCUUGCAAUGGCACGUUAUUUCCCAAGAACCUUAGAAGCGUUAAUAAUCCACAUGCUCUCACCUGUUGCUGCGGAAGUGCUAACACAGAAGUUUGAUGAGAUUGACCAACAGAGUGGUGAAGAAGAUAGGAGCCAGUUCUAUCGAGAAUUUUAUGGUGCCUUCGAUGAUGAAUCAGCUGCGAUGGAUAUAAUUUUAACUAGGAAAGAGUCUUUUGCAUUUCAGGCCUUUAAGAAUGUACUAGACAAGUAUUUGGGGGUUCACAUUACUUCACCAACAUCAAACCUAUGAAGCAUGUCUCGGCAUCGUGUACUGGCUGAUCGGACAAGAGAGAACAUGUUGCUAUUGAUAUACUAUUGCGAACAUAAGCGAAGAGGGUAUCGACGACACUCGCCAUGCGCUCGCCGUGUGUAUUACACAUGCAAAAUGAUAAUUUUCAUUGGUUACAUCAAGGUUUAAGCCAAAACACCAGUUCAAAAGUAGUAAUAUCUAAAAUAUGGUUAGAAAACCAUAAACUCUAAAAUUCUGAUUCAGAAACAUGAUCUUUAGAAUUUUAAUA